AUAACUUAUAUCAAUUGUCUUCAUUAUACAAUGGAGCUUGUGAGGGCUAAACAGAGGAAGCCGGUAGAAUUCCGAAUUACAAUCCGUAAUGAGGACGCUUAUGCUCCAGAGAUGGAUAAUUAUGUAGAGCAUAUGAAGGGUUUUGUUCAAUCAGUUUUGACUGGCAACUCGUCAGCUCCAUACAACAAGUUGAUGAUGAUGGAGUAUGUCAAUGAGACGAUACACAGGAACCAGGGAUUGGCGUUGAGCACUCAGCUAGAUGAAUACUUUAGAUCCACUAUAGCAUCCAUGAUUAACCAGGCUGAUGAUAGCAAUGACUCUUUAGGACAAUUUGGUACGGACAUCAUGAAGCGUAACGAGCAGGUUUUCAACCAUAUUGAACUUUGUUGGUGUCGACUAAGAUCGGCUCUAAGUGAGCUAAUUCAGGUAUUUUCUCAACUACAAUCUGUUAAUACUCCUGGAUUUUCAAUAUGGAACAACGCCAUGGAAUAUUUCAAGCAACAUCUUCAUUCGAAUCCUCAAAUGAAGGAUCGAUUGACUGUUGCAUUGCUUGACAUGAUUUCGAAGUACCGAGAUGGCUUUGAUGUUAUCUUUUGCCAGCUUCGUAAUAUAGUUGAGAUGUAUACAUUUGUUGGUGGUUAUGAAAAGUUGGAGGAGCGUGUGAUAUCUGAGACUCGUGAAUAUUAUCGUCAGUUUUCUUCUCAGGUGUCAUCAUUGCAUUCCGUGAAGGGAUCAUAUAUCGUCAUUCAGAACAAGAUAUUGCGUGAGGAGGAAGCCUGUAACAAGUACCUUCUAAAGGAGACUGUCGACAAGGUAAUGUCCACUGUCAGGAUCCAGCUUUUGCAACUCACUGCUGACCGUUUGAUGGAUCGUCAGGUUCUCGAGGAUUUGAUAACCACGGUUGAUACAUCUCACAUGCGUGUUCUAGUGUCACUCUAUGCUGACACUGAUUGGUUAUCUAAUCUCCACGAUGCUUUAUUUGACGCUGCUAAGAACAUUGGUGAUAGGAUAACAACCGGUUUCAUUAACCGCUUGAGGCAAGAACCUGUGUCAUCCUCUGGGAGGCUAUGCUCCGACUAUAUUAAGGAACUCUAUGGCCUCAAGACUAGGGUUGACACUACUAUCAAGGAUACUCUCGGUUCUAAUGUCGAUAUAAAAUCAAAGGAGCACAUUCUAUGGCAGCGUAUCCUUAAUACGACUGAGUCCUAUAUGGAGCCCAUUACUAUGGCAUUGGCAUCAUAUGCUGAUAAUAUAUGUGCUGACACAAGCUUGGAUAAGUUUGUUAGUGUAGAUCAUGGCAUUUCGUUUAUAAUGAAGUUAUUCCGUGCAUUAUCUGGGAAGUCUAGGUUUGAGGUUCACUUUAGGUCACUUGUUUCAUCUCGUUUAUGGUAUCACCAGAAGCUUUCUCAGUGUCAUGAAGUGCUGGUAUCUAAUCUUCGUGAGGAGUGUGGUGCUAGCUAUGUAUCCAAGAUGGAUGUUAUAUUCAAUGACUAUAAGAACUCAUGUAAAUUUGCUGCUGAAUUCACCCAACGAAAGAGGAAUCUGGCUUUAGAUCAUGGAUCUAUCGGUUUCAAUUUUACAUGUUUGUUGUUAUCUAAGGAAUCCUGUAUUCGUAACUCUCAGCGUGCUAUACCAGAUACCUCGAGGAUGAACUCUUUGGAGGCUAUAUCACCUAUGGAUCUCGACAAUACGUUACCAGUAGACCCUCAGAUAAAUGCGGUGAAACAAAUGCAGCAAUGCUUUAUAGAUUUCUACGCUGAGAAGUAUAAAAACAGAUCACUAUCAAUUUUAACUGACCUCGGCUCUGCGGUAUUGACUAUGGACUUAAACGGUCGUUCGUAUGACCUUUCCUUAUCACUAUAUCAGGCUUAUACACUACUCUCACUGAAUGGUGAUGGAUGCACUACCCUUGGCCACAUAAGGGCACUAAUGGGUACCGACUAUGAUGACGAUGUCAUGAGGCGUCAUUUAUUAAAAAUGGCUGAUGGUACUAACCCAUUGUUAACCUUUACGGUAUCGGGUCUAACAUUUGAUACAUGUUCGGAUACCGAUUCCUUUUGUGUGCAUCCGCAUUUUACUGCCGAUACUCGUGAGCUAAACUUCCGUUAUCGUGAGGAGUCAGUAGUUCAGCCUGAUAAGGGUGAAGUGGACACCCAUUCAUUGGAGGACCCAACUCCGGUUGUUGAGGCUACUAUAGUACGUCACCUCAAGACCCACCUCACGGACUCUUCCACUAACGUCUUCAGGGCCUGCGUUACCAAGAUAAGCGGUCUAGACCGCUUUGAGUUCAACAAGAUACUGAAUUCUCUUGCUGAGCGUGACUUUGUGAGUAUCGACACGAAGUUGGACACCAUAUCGUAUAUACCGUAGGGCAUUAAUGACAUU